AGCUCGGCUGCCGCGAGCGCGCAGACUCCCGAACCGAAGCCGCGUCCAGAUCUCUACCCCCGUCUCCGGCGAUGGCGUCGCCCUACGCCGGCGGCGUGCAGUCGCCGUCCCCGGCCGCGGCGGCGGCGGUGCAACAGCAGCAGCAAAACCACUCGCUGGCGUUCCGCGUGAUGCGGCUGUCCCGCCCCUCGCUCCAGCCCGACCCGACCGCGCUGCUCCGCUUCGACCCGCGCGACGUCUUCCUCCCGGAGGACGCGCUCACCGGCCCCGACCCGUCCGCCGCCGCCGACUUCCUUCACGGCCUCCUCCACCCGCCGGACUCCACCGCCGCCGUACCUGGGGACUUCACCUUCCGCGACCGCUUCUUCCUCCGCGACCACGCCGACGCCCUCGCGCUGCCGGGGCUCCUCGUUCUCCCCCAGUCCUUCGGGGCGAUCUAUUUGGGCGAGACCUUCUGCAGCUACAUCAGCAUCAACAACAGCUCAAGCUUCGAGGCCAGGGACGUCGUCAUCAAGGCAGAAAUACAAACGGAGAGACAGAGAAUACUUCUUCUAGAUACAUCAAAGUCCCCUGUUGAGUCAAUUAGAUCAGGAGGGCGAUAUGAUUUCAUUGUGGAGCAUGACGUCAAAGAACUAGGAGCGCAUACGCUUGUAUGUACUGCUUUAUAUAAUGAUGCUGAUGGAGAGCGUAAAUAUCUUCCCCAGUUCUUUAAGUUCUCUGUCUCAAACCCAUUAUCUGUCAGGACAAAGGUUCGCACCAUCAAGGACAUUACGUAUCUGGAAGCCUGCAUAGAGAACCAUACAAAAUCUAAUCUUUACAUGGAUCAAGUUGAUUUUGAGCCUGCCCAACAAUGGAAGGCUACAAGAUUGGAAGCUGAUGAGCAUCCCUCAGCAGUGAAGUCUGAAAUAGGGGACCUCUGCAAACAACCUAUCCUCAUCAGAGCUGGGGGAGGAAUAUACAAUUACCUUUAUCAGCUCAGAUCAUCAUCUGAUGAGGCUGCUCAACCCAAGUCAGAGUUAAGCAGUACACUUGGUAAAUUUCAGAUAACAUGGCGUACAAAUCUGGGGGAACCGGGCCGCUUGCAGACUCAAAACAUUCAUAGCACUCCGACAGCAAGUAAAGAUGUUGAUCUACGCGCUGUGAAAGUUCCACCUAUCAUAUAUGCGGAAAGACCAUUUAUGGUCAAUCUUUGUCUUACAAACCAAACAGACAAAACUGUUGGCCCUUUCGAAGUAUUUCUAGCUCCAAGCAUGACCGGUGAAGAAAGUGCUGUUCUAGUCAAUGGACUACAGAAGUUGAUUUUACCUUUGGUGGAGGCUUUUGAGUCUAUCAAAUUUGAUCUGAGCAUGGUAGCCACCCAGCUAGGAGUGCAAAAGAUUUCCGGAAUUACCAUGUACGCAGUGCAGGAAAAGAAGUACUACGAACCUUUGUCUGACAUAGAGAUUUUUGUUGAUGCAGAAUAGAACGCCGCAUAGAGAGAUACCUUUCCACCCUUUCCCUUACCAUGGGAGGUAUACAUAGCUUGCAUUGAACACGGUGUUGCUGAUGUAAUUGUGCUUAUUAAACAGCGGAUGCAUCCGGUUGUAAUUAAUACUUACUGUCAAUUUAUUUCUAUUGGAUGCCGUGUGAGAACAGGGUUGGUUUUGUUGGCCCAUCAGGAUUUUGCUAACAUCUUGCAUAACAUUACAUCAA